AUGCCCCCGGGGCCCAAUGUCGUGGCGCCGAUUCAAGAAGGCUCAUUAACAAUCCGCCCGAUACUUGUAUCUGAUAGUGGCUCGUUUGGCGCCGAGGUUUCUGGGGUAGACUGGGAAAACCCAAUCUCACCUGAAACUCUGGCUCAGCUUCUUCCCCUGCAGGAUAAAUAUGCAGUCAUAGUGUUCAGAAAAACAGGGUUAGAUAACGCACGCCACAUUGCUUUUUCGCAGCAACUUGGAGAAAAAUUGGAGAUAAACCCUUUUUUCUACGGACGAGAGAAUGACCGACUUGGCGAGCCACUGCUGUUCGAUGUCGGAAACAUCCAGCGAGACGGAUCAUUGGUUCAGCCCAGCAGCCGAAGAUGGCAACACAGUCUUGGAAACGCACUCUGGCAUACGGACUCGACAUAUCAUCAACACCGAGCAAAAUACUCUCUGCUCCUGUCGCACGGAAAUCCCGUGGAAGGAGGAUCGUGGACUCACUUUGCAGACACUCGUUCAGCAUAUGCUGACCUUCCUCAGUCCAAGAAAGAUGAACUCGAGGACCUGAUCGUUGAGCAUGACCUUUGGCAUUCUCGGAAAUUGGCCUCGCCCGCAUUUUUCGGCAAUCCUCUGCCCCAUGAACUGGCAGCAAAGCCACCGGCAUAUCACAAACUAGUUCAGGUGGCUCCAGAUGGGCGGAAGACAUUGUAUCUUGCUGCUCAUGCCAAGCAAAUUCUCGGAAAGACUUUCGAGGAGAGCCAGGCGCUGAUUUGGGAGUUGAUCGGGCAUUGCACCCAACCUCAGUAUGUGUUUAGUAUGGAAUGGCUGUCAGGAGGGGAUAUGGUGUGGUGGGAUAACCGGCAAUCGAUGCAUCGUGCGAAUCCGUACAAGGAAGGCAUGACUGCUAGAGAUGUUCGCAGAUCUACUGUCUUUGACGAUGGCCCUUUUGCUCACGGCGUCGUAGAUGAAAAGCUUACCCCCUAA